CUCUUUCCGCUUUAGUAGCUACAGAAAGGCUGCGCCAAGAAAAUACAUAUCCCACAGUGCACUUCUCGCGGAAAUGCCCGCCUCUUUUGAGCAUAUGACUUUCGGUGCUCCAGUGAACCACAACAAUACCCCGUUUGUGGUGCUGUGUGGUUCAUUUAAGUAUUUUGGUGGUGUUUUUUCUGUCGUUAGUUGCGCAGAGUUGUUUUGAAAAUGAGGCUGCAGUGUUUGUUCGCAGCUUUGUGUCUCGGCGUUGGUGUAAUGGCCGGGAAAUACACUCGGGAGCUGAAUGAGCCCAAACCGAACGACAAAGAUGGGCAGGCAGUGGAGUUCAGGAUAGCUAAGCUAAACCAGGUCUGGGAGAAAGCUCAAAGGAUGCAGUUGUCUCCAGUCCGGCAGGCUGAGCUGCACAGUGACCUGAAGAUCCAGGAGAAAGAUGAGCUGCAGUGGAAAAAAAUGAAGGUGGAGGGAUUCGAUGAAAAUGGGGAGAAGGAGGCCCAGCUCAGGCGCAACUUCCAUGUGAUCCUCGCCAAGUAUGGGAUGGAUGGGAAAAGGGACACACGGCCACUGGAGAGCAACUCACUGAAAGAUCACGACAUCAAGGAGGAAGAUGCAUUUGAGGAUCCCAGACUGGACAAACUCUGGAACAAGGCUAAGAUCUCAGGGAAGUUCUCUGAUGAGGAGCUGCUGAACUUGAAGAGGGAGUUCCAGCACCACAAGGACAAGAUCCACGAGUACAACAUCCUCAUGGACACCGUCAGCAGGACUGAGGAAAUACACAAGAACGUGAUCUCUUCCCUGGAGGGUGAUAGCAAAGAGCACGUGCUGCAGCAGAAGCACACAGAGCUGAAGCACAAAAUGAGAGACCUCAACCAGGGCUUUGAGCGCCUCCGUAAGCUCAGCCACGAGGGCUUCACUGAAGAUAGCGAGUUUCGGGAGCCGCGUGUGAUUGAACUGUGGGAGGCUGCCAAGAGAACCAACCUCAGCAACGAUGAGCUAGAGUCUCUCAAGGAGGAGCUACGUCACUUUGAGACUAAAGUAGAGAAGCACAGUCAUUACAAGGAGCAGCUGGAGUUGUCCCAUCAGAAGUUACAGCAUGUGGAGGCUCUAGGAGACGAAGAGCACAUCAAGAGGAACAAGGAAAAGUAUGACACACUCGCUGAGAAGACUAGGGAGAUGGGCUACAAGAUGAAGAAACAUAUGCAGGAUUUGUCCAACAAGAUUUCUCGCCAGGGACUCCAACACAACGAACUCUGAGAGGUCAUCACGCCAGUGAAAGAACUGUAAUGUUUUUGUUUAGUCACACACAACCUUGAUCAACCAUGCCACCAUUUCUUUUUUAACUGCUGUUAAGAAAAAAAAUCAGUGUUUUCUGUGAGUCUUUUUCUACUUUUCUAGAGAAUGAAAUGCUUAAUGAGUGAAUUCCUGGUUAUAUGUAUGUAAUAUGCAUGAAGUAUUAUAAAGCAGCUCAGACUGUCAGUCAAGGUACAGAUAAAUUAAAUAUAGAAGUGUGAGCACCAGUGUGGUACUCCAUAGAACAGUUAUUUGUAUAACAAGUGGAAAUGUCUUAUUGUUGGUGGUAGAUAAGGGAUAGACAGCACUAUUGGCUGUCUUGACCAGACCAGAAGCAGUUGGUCUGUUUGUCCACAUUACAUCAUAUGUGCUGUUGCCACUGUAGGACCUCAUAGUUUCCCUAUUGACCUAUUUUGGUGUUACUUGAACUGUCUGAUCAAUAUAAAAUGAAGAUCAAGAGUAGAAGCACUGAAAACUAGUGAUCUGAAAAUAGAAUACCAAUCUUUAAUAAUCAGUAAGAUACAAGUGCCAACAACAGACAUACAGUAAUAUUUUAAAAAUACAGAUUUACAACAUUCGUACGCUUUGGCAUAAAUGAAAGCACUUAAUAAACUGUAGAGAAAAGCGGUCUCUGUAGUGACAUUAAAGGAUAUUUUUUGCAAAACGUUAAAUUUUCGUGAGUCAUCCUCAUGCUGUUUCUUUCUCCUCAGAGACACUAGUGGGGAACCAAAAUUAUAAAAAUAAAUUUGCAUCCAUUAUUUUACAAUUUGUUCUGAUGAUAUCAAGAGGGAGGUGAGAAAUUGAAACAAACACUAUGCUUUUCCAUUCAUCAGUUCCUGGCCUCUCACAGACCAGAAGCAGAGGCAUUGAUUACUGUGAUGAAUAAUGUUUCUGGAUGGCUGAUUACUUAGUCAUGUCCUGCUUGGACCACAUGGGCCUGGAUUAAUGUAAUUUGCACCCUGGGUAUAACUGUAAGCUGCUUAUUUUUAUCGAAUGCUUUUCCGCUUUGAGGUGAAAUGAUCACCAGGGAAGUUGGGGCUCUUGGCAUUCAAUUGUAAGGCAUGAGAUGAGGUGGGCUUUAUCUCACUGUGAAAUCUUAUUUUGAUCCAAACCCAAUGGCAGUCGGUGACCUCUUGAGAAAAGAGGUAGCAUAAAUUAUAUGGUGAUCACAAAGCCUGACGAAAAUCAACCCAGCAAGAACUGUAAAUACAUUACAGCUUAAAAAGCUGUCAUUUAUUCUUGUUUUCCAGACGCAAUAACGAUGAUAAACAAUAGUUUACGCCCAUCCCCUUAUAAUUAAAGCCAUUCAACCAGUAAUCUUGGUAAUCUUGAGAUUACUGGUUGGCAUCGGUAAGGUAGGUUUCCAUCAAUCCUCAGCAUAUACAAGGUGUGAUCAUAAAGUUCCAGGACUUGUAUAAUAAAAGGACAUUCAGCUGUGUGCUCAUUCCCAAAGGCUUGCCACAGCAGAUGGAUUCGCUGUUUUUGAUGUGGCACAGAUUUUAUACCAGAUGCUCUUCCUUAUCCAGCCCUCCCUUUAAUCCCUACCUGGGACUGACACUGAGUACACUCGCUUGUGAUCGCAUAAGGAUGGGUUUGUGUGUCCUCAAACCAGAAAUUUUUGCCUAUAAGGCAAAUCUGGAUCCAAAAAAUACUAAAAGGACUUAAAAUGUGACUAAAUUUGGGGAAUCGCCCCUUUAAGGCCUUUUCCUGGAUCGCAAAACAAUGCAGAUCAUUUGCAACUACUGCUUAACCACAGACCUUGUUAAUGAUUUUGUUUUAAACUGGCUUGACUCAUGUCUGUGCUGAAGAAGACAUUGAGUGUGAGGGGGUUAAGUUUUUUGCAUCUUGCAUAAAAGCCAUGCAGACAACUAUGUAACAUUUCUGUGAUAAAAGGUAUCGAGACAAACGCAGGAAAAAGCUAGUUUAAAAGCAAGUAUGAGAAAAACACUUAACACAAAAUAGAAGCUGCAUAAGAAAGCUCCCAAAGCUUUACCGUUAGUGGAAUGGACUGUGGGAAU